UUCUCCCUCACAGGAUAAAUAAAGAGGGGUGAGUCCAGGUGAAGAAAACAAUCACAGAGGAAGCAAGGACAGCACAGGUUUCUGUUGGACUGAGUUGAACCCUUUCUUGGAUGAUGGAUUCUAUCUUUUCUGCACUUGGAUGCUUUGUGGACUGGGAUGUGAAAAGCUUUUUGCUCUUCACAACAGUUUUCAUUGUCACUGCUGAUUAUAUUAAGAACCGUCGGCCAGCCGGCUAUCCUCCAGGACCUCAAGCAUUUCCUAUAGUGGGCAACAUGUUCUCUGUCGACCACAGCAGGGGUCAUGAGAGUAUGACACAGCUGGCAGGAAAAUAUGGGGAUGUGUACAGCCUGCGGAUGGGCCAGGAGUGGGUUGUGGUCUUAAAUGGGUGUGAGGUUCUGAAAGAAGCUCUUGUAAAUCAGGGAGACAGUGUGGCUGACCGCCCAUCCCUCCCUAUGUUUCAGGACAUAAGUGAAGACCUAGGUAUAGUGUUCACUAGCGGGCACAUGUGGAAGCAGCAGAGGCGUUUUGCCCUUUCAACUCUCAGAUAUUUUGGAAUUGGAAAGAAGUCACUUGAACCUGUCAUCUUAGAUGAAUUCACUUAUUGUUCAAAAGAAUUCCAAAGCUUUAAAGGUAAGCCCUUCGAUCCAAAACUCAUCAUUGGCAACGCUGUCUCCAACAUCAUCUGCUCCCUGGUUUUUGGGCAUCGAUUUGAGUACACUGAUGAGAAGUUCAGGAAACUGAUCAGCUGGUUUGAGAUAGCACUCCAGAUUGAAGCCUCAAUUUGGACACAGUUUUACAACUCGUUCCCUAAGCUGAUGAGACGUUUGCCCGGGCCACAUCAGACAGUCCUGCGGGUGUGGAACGAUGUGAAGGACUUCAUUAGAGGAGAGCUUAAGGAGCACAAAAACAACUGGGACCCCUCGGACCCAAGAGACUUCAUUGAUUGCUACCUGAAGGAGAUCCAGGAGAGUAAAGGGAAAGCUGACAACACUUUUGAUGAGGAAACCCUGGUCAUUUCUGUAUUGGAACUGUUUGUGGCUGGCUCUGAGACCACAUCCACCACCCUGCGCUGGGCUUUCCUCUUCCUGGCAAAGUACCCAGAUAUCCAGGCAAAGGUCCAGGCUGAGAUAGACAGAGUGAUAGGACAGUCCAGACAGCCGUCAGUGGAAGAUCGUGUAAACAUGCCCUAUACAGACGCUGUCCUCCACGAGGUCCAGAGAAUGGGCAACAUAGUACCUCUAAGCCUGCCUCAUAUGACCAACAAGGAUAUCCAGUUGGGAGGCUACACAAUCCCAAAGGGAGCUACAAUAAUCCCAAAUUUGACCUCGGUGCUGUACGACAAGAAUCUAUGGGAGACCCCCUUCACCUUCAACCCAGGACACUUCCUGACUGAGGAGGGGAAGUUUGUGAAGCAAGCUGCCUUCAUGCCUUUCUCUGCAGGUAAGCGUGUAUGUCUUGGUGAGAACUUGGCAAGGAUGGAGCUUUUCCUCUUCUUCACCUCCUUCAUGCAGCGCUUCACCUUCUCCAUGCCUGCUGGGGUCAAGGCGAAGUUGGACUACCAAUUUGGUAUUACUAUGGCACCAUGUCCUUAUGAAAUCUGUGCAACAUUACGCUAAAAAAAGCUCAUCAACAUGAGUUCUGAUUAUGAAACUCUUCUUUCAGAUACUUUGAUUUCAUUAGUUACAACAGCCCAUGUUGUUUAGUGCUGCUAUCUCUU